AAUGUUUAAAUGGAGUCUUGUGUUUAAAUGGUCUCCUUCCAUUUAAGGUCAAAAGUCAGAUACAGUUACGGAUUGACAAAUCAAAGCCUAUUUAGGGUUCUCAAGAUAAGGCUGUCAGUAGGAGUUGAUUGGUAGAAAGGCGAGAAGGGCAGACUUUGGACCCUAUUCAUUUGCUCCCAUUCUUCGCCACCGGCAGCAGAACCUCGGUUUGUCUCACUUCUUCCUGUGGACGACAUGAAGGUUGAUUUUGCCCCCGUGGAAGUGCCCAUGCAGCGCAGACUGCAGACGGCGGCGGUGGCGCAGUGGGUCUACUCCUUCCUCGGCCUGGCACCCACCUGCAUUGUUCUGUUCUUUUACCUGCCGUUCACCCGCUUCUGGCUGAUCAGUGUGCUGUACGCCGUCUGGUGGUUCUUCGACUACGACACCCCCGCACGGGGAGGCCGCAGGGUGUCAUGGCUGUGCAACUUAACAAUUUGGAAAUACAUGCGGGACUACUUCCCCAUCAAGUUGGUGAAGACGGCUGACCUGGAUCCCAGGCACAACUACGUCCUGGGCUUCCAUCCGCAUGGCGUGCUGGUGGCGGGAGCCUUCGCCAACUUCUGCACUUGUUCCACGGGCUUCAGGGAGUUGUUUCCCGGCCUCACCAGCUACCUGCUCAUGUUGCCUCUUUGGUUCAGGAGCCCAUUCUUUAGAGACUACAUCAUGUGCGCGGGUCUGAUUCCCUCGGACAAGGAGAGCGCCAGAUAUCCGCUAUCUAAGAGAGGCGGCGGUAACGCUGUGGUCAUAGCAGUCGGUGGGGCCCCGGAGGCCCUCUACGCCCACCCCGGGACCUACAACGUCGUGAUGGCCGAGAAGAAAGGGUUCAUUAAAAUGGCAAUGGUGAAUGGUGCUCAUCUGGUGCCAGUUUACUCCUUUGGAGAAAACGAAGUGUAUGAUCAAGUGGGAAACCAAAGAGGCUCCUGGCUUCGGUGGACACAAGAGCGGCUGCAAGGAAUCAUGGGCAUCUCCCUGCCUCUAUUCCACGCUCGUGGCAUUUUCCAGUACUCCUUUGGUCUCAUUCCCUACAGAAAAUCCAUCAAUACAGUUGUUGGGCGGCCAAUCAGAGUGCAGAGGAAUGAGAAGCCAUCGGCUGAGGAACUGAAUGCCCUCCACCAGCACUACAUGGAUGAGCUCAGCAGUCUUUUUGAGGAGCACAAAGGCAACUACGGAGUGGACAAGGACGUACAUCUCAACUUUGUCUAAACUGGACUGAUUCAAAUGCAUAUUUAUUUGUGUAACACUGGUACUGCAGGCUUGGAGAAUUGAUCGGCUCUCCAACUGGCCUGUUAAAUAAAGAGCAAUGAACUGGAUGAUCUCUACAUGAGAGAAAAGCGUACGUAUCCAUAACUGAGACUUCACUGUUCAUUCGGACUGCUGUCGCUUGCAGGGGAAGAGUGGGAAGUGGUUCAGAGGGUCACUGGCGACUGAAGGUUUCCUCAGCAUCUCCCAGUGGUGGUUUCUGUCUGGGUGUUGAGCCUUUGUGCAAUACCUGACACUUUCUCAAACAGAGUCAGAGGUUGCAUUUGGAUUGCAACAUCAUGGAGACACUAAUGAUUUUAGGGUUUGGUAUCUGCUACAAACAGGGGAAAUAAAAAUCUUUCAGACAGCA